AGCACCGCACCGGCAGCCGCGGCCGCUCGGGGGACACCCGGGCACGCUUCGCCCCUCCGCCCCCGCGCUCAGGAGGCACCUCAGCGUUGAGAAGCAGCGGCUCCUCUCCCGCCGCAGCGGGACCCAAAGAUGAAGUGGCUAUCUGUCCUGCCCCAGCAGUGUCUUUUGCUGAUGACAUGUCUCGUAAUGGCCUUGGAAGCUGUACCUAUAGACAUAGAUAAGACAAAAGUCAAAGGAGAAGGCCAUGUAGAAGGAGAGAAGGUAGAAAAUCCAGUUUUUUUGAAGGAUACAGGACUUUAUUAUGAUGAAUAUCUCAGGCAAGUGAUAGAUGUCUUGGAAACUGAUAAACAUUUCAGGGAGAAACUCCAGACUGCUGACAUAGAGGAAAUAAAGAGCGGAAAGCUAAGCAGAGAGCUUGAUUUAGUAAGCCACCAUGUGAGAACACGGCUGGAUGAACUAAAAAGACAAGAGGUGGCAAGAUUAAGAAUGUUAAUUAAAGCUAAAAUGGAUUCUGUUCAAGACACUGGCAUAGACCAUCAGGCUCUCCUUAAGCAGUUUGAGCACCUGAACCAUCAGAAUCCUGACACCUUCGAACCUAAAGACUUAGAUAUGCUGAUCAAAGCAGCUACAAGUGACCUGGAAAACUAUGAUAAGACCCGCCAUGAGGAGUUUAAGAAAUAUGAGAUGAUGAAAGAACAUGAGAGGAGAGAGUAUUUAAAAACAUUGGAUGAAGAAAAGAGGAAGCGAGAAGAAUCCAAAUUUGAGGAGAUGAAGAAAAAACACGGAGAUCACCCUAAAGUUCACCAUCCUGGAAGCAAAGAUCAACUGAAAGAGGUGUGGGAAGAAGCAGAUGGACUAGAUCCUAAUGAAUUUGACCCCAAAACAUUUUUCAAAUUGCACGAUGUCAAUAAUGAUGGUUUCCUGGAUGAGCAAGAAUUAGAAGCCCUAUUUACUAAAGAGCUAGAAAAAGUUUAUGAUCCCAAGAAUGAAGAGGAUGACAUGGUUGAAAUGGAAGAAGAAAGGCUGAGAAUGAGAGAACAUGUAAUGAAUGAGGUUGACAUCAACAAGGACCGACUAGUGACUUUGGAAGAGUUCCUCAGAGCUACGGAGAAAAAAGAAUUUUUGGAGCCAGACAGCUGGGAGACACUAGAUCAACAGCAGCUCUUCACUGAGGAUGAGCUGAAGGAAUUUGAAAAUCAUAUUUCCCAGCAGGAAGAUGAACUUAGAAAGAAGGCAGAAGAACUUCAGAAACAGAAGGAAGAACUACAGAGGCAGCAUGACCAGCUUCAGGCUCAGAAACAAGAGCUUCAGCAGGUCGUAAAACAGAUGGAACAGAAGAAACUACAGCAAGGAAAUCCUCCUGCAGGACCAGCUGGAGAACUGAAAUUCCAACCCCCUGGGGAACACAAAAUUGGAGAUGCAGCAAAACAUCCGGUAGGAGGUGAUCAGCCUUUACCACCAGGACAUGUCCAAGAACCAGCUGUUAGAACUGAUCAAGUUCACCCUUAACCACUUGUGCCUCAACUUUAUAGCAUCUUUAUUAUUUGGGGUGGGAAAAGGGUGGGAGGGGCUUGGGGUGGGGUGGGCAGGAAAUCAGAAUGAAACAAGAACUCUCUGCUCUCUUCCUCAGACUGUAAAAUCAUGGGAAUGUUAAAGUAUCAGUCAGGUUUGAUUUAUAAAUUAAACUAAUUUUCUCUCCAAUGCAUCAUUGAGAAACACAAGGGGAUCAUCUAGAGGCUAUAAUAGAGGAAGAAAUUAGGGAAACCAUUAAUAUUAAAGAUUUUUAUGGCCAGGGGACUGAGCUGUUGAACUCUGCUCUUACAAAGAGGGAAGAGAUGUCUGCCAUUCUGUGUUUAGGCAUGAAUCAGAAUCUUCUCAGAGAGGAAAGAGGGAACAGGCCUGAAUGUCUAGUUUUAUGUAGAAACUUUCCAGAAUGCUGAAAAGCAAGAGAUAGGGAAACAAAGACCAUAUAUAAAAGGCCUGCUUUUUCCACUGCUACCAAACCCUUUCUUCUUUGAGACCAAAUAAAAAUAAAACCUCUUAAUCACAGAAAAUUUGCACUUUCUAAAAUUUAAACACAGCAAAGAAUUAUGUGGAACAGUGAAUAUUUUUCAUGUUUACAGAAGCCUAAGAAUUUCACUGUAAGCCUUCAAAAGGAAUACUGUACUUGUAGUGCAUUGAUCUGAACCGUCCUCCUUGUUGAGACUAAUUGUGUGUAGCAGUUGAAAGCUCAACUGGCUCUUUGGACAAUACUUUUGUCCCCAUUUCUUUCAUCAGACGCCAGCUGAUCUCAAAAAUUUGCAUGUUAUUAAAUAAGCUUUUUAUGUUGAUGGAAAUAUUGUGCAAAACAGAACAAGACUCAUUGUCUUUUUCUGUACAGAUUAUCCUACCUCCUACAAUAAAACCAGAUUUUUCAAAGUGCACCAUGUGCUUCAGAAAGCUCUUCUCAGACAUGAAUCUGGGACUCGUUAAGGGUCUCACUGUUAACUCUUGUGAGUUUUUCAGCAGUUGGUCUAAGUUUAUGAAGUGUCCUAAACCGGGGUGCUACUUGAUUGUAUUAUUUUGAUAUUGAACCAGGAUAGGUCCCUAGUAUUGCAAGCCAAGAUUUUACAAGACUAAGUUGAUUUUCCUGUCAGUUUUACUAUAAUGCUGAAAAGUUGUGUGUCUGUCCUUGCUUUUCAUUUGUUUCAAACUGAAAGUAUCCUGAAGUGUAAACUCUGUUUGGAUUUCUUUGUUUGCUUGGGUUUUUGUGUGUGGGUUGUUUUUUUUUUUAACAUGGAUUGUUCUGAUUGUAUAAUGCUGGCUUUGAAUGGAUACACACACACCUCAGCUAACAUCCUUUACAUUUCCUUCUUGUUCUGUGGCUAACUGCUGACAGUGGCAUUAAAAGAGGUGUUUGGGUUUUGAGAAAAGAAACAGAAGCACGCCUCUGUUAUGGAAAGAUGUUCUUUUCAGAAUAAGACUUGAAUAUUUUAGGCAAACUCAAAAAAGACAGAAGGCAAAUGCUAACAUUUUGUGUUGACAUUUGGGAAGUUUCUCACUGAAGAACUGUGAUUGAUGGAAGCUAGGCACAUUCCUUCCAUGUUCAAGGCUUCUUUCAUCAGACCUGGGCAUAUUCUUGUGCUCCACACGAUAUAACAGAACUCAGUGUGAGAACAGAUUAGGGUUCCUUAUCUUUUUCAUCUUGUUAGUUGUCAGGUCACAUUUCCUUCAUUUAUACCACUCAAACAGUUGGACUUCUUUUACCUUUUUUUUCAUUCUUUAUGCAAGUAGUUGACAUUUUUAGUUUCCAAAACCACUGUCUCCUCUGUUUGUCACUUCCAUGCAAUUCUAACAACAGUUUGAUUUUGUCUUUGUCAGGAGACUAAAAUACCUUUCAACAGCUUCAUCUGUUUGCAAAGAAGCCCAGACAUAAUAAUGGCUACAUAAAGUUUCGCCAUGCACAGCCCUGGCUUUGAGGUUGUAGCCUGAUAAUGAGUAACAGGGUGAGGAGGGAAACAAAGAGGGAAUUAUUCAAAUGUCAUGGAAAAGGUGAGGGGAAAUUUUGAUAUUGUUCUCCCUAUCCCACAUGAAAGUUUGCAGAGGACAAGUGAUACAGACACAGAUGUUUGUAGAGAAUCAAGGACUGAAACCUUUGGUAUGAAGGCUUUUUUACCAUACAAAUCAUUCCUUCAGGCUGGAUCUGCCUCCUAACAAAUGCCAUUAUAUGAUCAUGAUAUGCUUUGUAAUGUAAUGCUCAAGCUUCAGUUUUGGUGCAACCUCUUAUGUUUUGAUUUUAAGAUCUUCAGUCUGCAGUUGGAGAUUGGCCCCCUUAUCCCAUAUACUUUGAAACAGCCAGAGUUUUGUAAAGAGUUGUUGGAACUUGGGUGCUGAACUUGCGAAGUAGAAAGCUAUAAUUGCGGAUAAAUAAGGGACUGGAAUAUCACUGGCACAAGUGCUUUCACCUGUAUUCUGCUUUUCAUUUAGGAGGUGAUUACAAGAAAGCUGUGUCUAACUUUGUUAUGCAAACACCAGUAUCACCACAAAGAUGCAGAGAUUUGGUUUUGUACUUGGCUGGGAUUUCAGUAGGAGGAUGAAGGGGUAAAAUUUCAUCAAUGUUGUACAAAUUCAUAUCUCCAGUGCAAUAUAUGUAUUAAAAAAAAAAAAGCCCCACUCUGUACUUUGUAUAGAUUAGUUUUUAACUGGAUUAAACUGAAACUCAGCACAG